AUGAGGAAUACAAUUAAACUCAUUGAAGCUGGGAUUACUUCACAAAAUUGUCUAAAGCAAGUUGAAGUGGAAAAGUUCCACAAAUAUGACCUUUUGGCAAAUGAAUUAGGGGCGAUUCAUCGGGCUAAAGUGAAGAUAAUCCCUGUUGUACUUACUUGGGAUGGAAUUUUCUCAAGAUUCUUCAAAAGUCAUCUGGAUUCCAUGGAAGAAAGAGUGAAGACAUAUAUCCAAACACUCGUUUUAAGAAAAACAUUGGAGUGUAUGCAGGUGGAGACAAGACAUGGAAUAUCGGUUCCCGAAGAGGAGCAUGCAGUGAUUGAGUGUCAAUUGAAGGAUUCUUCUGAAUCAGGAAUACGAGUGGACGAGGACCUCUAUGUACCGACUAUGAUAGUUGGGCAUAAGAGACGAAGAUUGUCCUAA